AUACGUGGGCCUAACCACAUCCGCGUGGUCCCAUUGAGCGGUCAGUCGACGGUCUCGGUGUUUGCGCGAAUGUGUCCUCACGACUUCGGGCUACCAUCGGGAAUGCGUUUUCGCGAGUACCGGUGAUACGAAAGCGCGAUUAUGCCAUCACGCUACCAUGGGAUAUUUAUCUUGUGUAUCGCCACGGUAGCCGGUGCAUUGCUUCCGCCGGUGGGGAGAUGGUGCUCAGUCUGGCGCACGCUAAGUAGCGUUAGCGUGCUACUCACCUUGCCGGAGAUCACGCACCAAUGGUCGUUCUUAGGAUUGAAUCUCUGGUCGAAUCAUGCCGAGGAUAAGCUGCCGAUGUCUAACGAGCUCCUUGAACGUGACGCGACUCGAUUUUCCAGGGUGCUGAACUUCUUUCCCGUUCCGGUCGAGGAAGAGUGCCUGUCCGAGGACAAACGACGUCAGGGAAUAUGCAUGAACACAUAUGAGUGCCGUAUCCAGCACGGGCAAUCUCACGGACCGUGCGCGCUCGGUUUCGGCGUGUGCUGCAUAUUCACGGCAAGCUGCGACAAUGAAGUACAGAAUAAUCUGACCUACGUGACCAGUCCUGGUUUUCCCAACCUCAUCGACCGGCCUAUGAACUGCUCGGUGGUUAUACGGAAGAUCGAUACGGAGGUCAGCCAGUUGAGGAUCGACUUCGUCCAUUUCAACAUUGGUCAGCCGAACGCCGUGACCGGCAUGUGCGACGGGGAUGUUAUGGUGAUUAACAACAACAGGACAUCUCUCGAACUUUGCGGCUGGAACAGCGGGCAACACGUAUACGUGGACGUGGGCGAAGGCAACGAACCAAUCACUUUGAACUUCCGGCUGCCAAGCGGACUGCAGCCACGAAUGUGGGAGAUGCUGGUGAUGCAGCUGGGCUUCGAGCAACGUGCGCCGGUCGGAUGUCUUCAGUACUUUCGCUCACCCAACGGCACACUGAGGACAUUCAAUUACCUUCCAAACGGCAGAUAUCUCGCCGAACGCGAUUACCUAUUAUGCGUACGUCAGGAGAGGGACAUGUGCGGGAUCGCUUAUCAGCCCUGCAUGAGAGACUCUUUUCGGAUAGGUCCUAAUAGAUCUCAAAACGUGACCAAUAACACGGUUCCCGCAAUGAACGCCGCGAACAGCGGAAACGCCUCCGCUGUCAAUUUGAACGUCGCUGCUGCAAACAGUUCGUUUGCAGACGUCGUUGAGGGAUCGGGAGCGGGAUCACCCGAACAGGAAAUGGUUUUGGAACAGGAAACCUCCAGCACGAAUUCCAUGCCUUUCCUCAGCAGACUGUGCAGAGACAGGAUACUUAUUCCUUGCGAUUUUGAGGAAUUUAUUACGCCGGGAAACAACAUGGCGGGUAUCUGCAAUUUGGAGCGUUGCGGCAGUUCUCUGUGCAAUCAAAAUGAACUUGACGCGGAGGGCAACUGCCGGGUAGAGACCUGGACUACCCCCUUUCGCAUAAGGGUAGCGUUCGGCCCGGGUAAUAACAUGAACGGUACAUUGGAAGACAAUGCCGGCAUGUGUCUCACGUACCAACAGUUAGCUUGUGUUGCCUGAGCGUUAUAAUUAUCCCACUUCUCUCUAAGACAACACAAAGCGCGCAAAGCGGUACGCUGGACGACCUAUAAAUGCGGAGACAACGUUACUGUCGAACAGAAGAAGAGGAAGCGUCAUCGACUGCAUCCGUACUGUCUGCAACACCAUUUCUGUAGCAUUGUUACGCGACGUCGCUUACUCUCGUAGCGCAAAUAUAGGAAAAUAUUUUCAAGCCGAAUAAAAAAAAAGAGAGAUUUUGACUGCGGGUUUUGGCCGCUGCUCGGCUUAGAGUCCGUGAUGGACGUAGGAUUACGGUAUGGGAAUCGAGGGAUUGGGACGGGAGGGGGGUGGAAGUAUUGCGUGCUAGAAUGUCAAUUAAUACCGCAAAAAAAGUCAAAGAGUCAAAUAGUCUUUAUUUACAAAUGAACUAGCUUAAAUUGUAAACGCAGCGCACAACUCUCGAUAUAGUGAUAGAUAUUAUAUAUAUAUUUAUAUAUAUAUAAUUCGCCUUUGUGUCCCGCUUUCUUUUUUUUUUUUACUCUUAUUCGAUUACCCGUCACGAUCAUCGGCUACGAUACGCAGUGUGUGUUAAUCACGGGGCGCCGGUCUCUCUCGCGACGAGAUUUCCUCGAACGCGAGAUCAGCGGCAGAACGCUUAACUAUAUAUAAUGUACGAUGGUAGCUUCCGCUGCGGAAGGCGCCGACGACAAUCACGGCAAUCGUUAGCGAUAACGAUAAUGACGUUACAAGAAUAAAUUAUAAUGUCGUUAAUACAGUAAUGUCGACGAUGACAACAUCACCUCGAAUUGCUCUCCUAGAAAAAAA